ACUUGUAUGAACCAAAAAGUCAAAAAGAGACAGAAAUAGGUAAAAUAAUAGUAGUAUUAGUAAUUUAUAUUUAGCUAGAUGCUUUGAUUGCAAGUUUUGUUGAUGAUUACAUCUCCCAUCCAUCCACUGCUACAAUUAUGCUGAGCCUCACGCUGUCCACUUUCAACCAAAAAGAGCAUAUGUCUAUUAAACAUUAUCAUUAGCACUAUAGAGUAGUUGGUCCUUAAUGCAAGUUAAAAUACCAACCAGUUCAUUCUUCACAAACAAGCCUUUCAACAAUCUCUGAAAUUCUUGCUUUUUUUUUUUUUUUUUUUUCGCGAAAAAAAUAAUGUUAUACAGAGCUAGGAGUAUUACUAGUAGGUUCUCUGAUAAAAUGAGUGCAAGUGUGCCAGUUGAGGUAGGCACAAGGGGAACUGUAGGAUCACUUUUGAAGAAGGAGAUUGAGUAUUUCAGAAAAAUUGAAUUGGAUUGUAGUAAAGGGAGUUCUACUAGUAAAUCGACGAAGAGCUCAGUGGAAAUAGAUUCAGGUGGUGGCAAUUCUUGGCCUAGUUUCGGGUUCUUGACAAUGAAAUGGAAAAAGAAGAAGAGAAGAGGAACUGGUGGUGGAUUACCUGCAAUGUGCUCUAUGGUUGAAGUUUCUGAGAGUUGUAAGAUGAGUGACAUUCCAGGGUUCAGUUAUAGGAAUCUCAAAGUUGAUUCUAAGAGAUUUGAGGAAGAAAUAACACUCUCAUAGGAGGUUUCAAUCUUUCUUGUGUCAUCUGAAUUCUGUUCAUAUAUUCUUUAGCCAAAUAUCUUGUGUUUCUGAUUGCCUUCAAUUGCUUGGAGUUUGAGAAAAUUGUCAUAUGGAGUUGUUGUUUUGGCAAGAGCAGGUAAUACCUUGGCAAUUAGGCCUGGGUAGUUACAUGUAUAGACCUUAAACGAGCACGUAUAGAACAUGAUUUAAGUUGCAUCAUUGGAUUGUGUUGUUCAUAAGCAGAUCAUCAGCAGGAAGACUUCAUUGCUAGAUAUGAAACAUAAAACAUGUUUCACGCCAAUCAAAAUACUGAAAAAUUCUAGGUUCUUGUGGUUGAAAGAAAUUUGCAGUUUUCCCUUUAUCAACCGGAGUAACUUGAACAUAGUGGGAGAGUCAUAUUCGAUGGUUACACGUGAGGUGAACUCAUGUUCAUGUUUAAUGUAUUAGACUGCAGAAUUUUCCUGUAGUUCUUACAGAUUUCAUCUUCCAUGUCAUGGUAAUUAUUCAUGCCACUUAUUCCAUCCGUUCUAAUGUUCAUGUAGUAUUUAAACUUUUGUCAUGCUAGUUCAA